UUCCUUUUUCUGAGGCAGACCGAGCCUCAUCUCCACUGGAGUGUCCUCCAGGCUUCUCAAGAUGCUUUAUUUGCUUUCUUCAGAGAUACAUGGAGUUGACUCAGCCGCCAGCUUCUGGGGCAGCGUCUUGUUCUCUUUCCUCCUCUUUGCUGAGGUGUGUGUGGGGUGUGUGCAGGGCGUCUUUCUGUGCUGAGACUGCUUGUGCAUCAGGCACCAAUCGAGAGUGACAAGAUACCUCCCUGGCAGAGUAGCAACUUCCCCAGAAGAUGAGUGGGGGAGGGGGAAGAGAGAGAGCAAGCAAACGAGCAAGCUUCUAGGCUCCCUUCACCUCCAUGGACCUGUGACUGUAUCUCUCAGGACUGGCCUGGGCCACCUGGCUUUAGAGCAGAGAUUCACUGGCUGAGACCUCACCAUCCUUCGUAAAGGUUGACACCAAUCCUGGCCCACAGAGGUGAUGAGGAAUGGAGGCUUCAGAACCUACCCAACCCACCCUACCUGCCAGCGACCAGUCAGCUCCUGCUCCUCGAGUUCCGGGGGGCCCAGGUGGGCAGGCCUCACCUCGCCUGACGCUGGCUCCGGUCAUCCUGCCGCCAGAGCAGGGACUGCCCCCAACUGUGUUCCUAAAGGCCUUGCCUGUCCCACUGUACCACACAGUACCUCCCGGGGGCCUCCAACCACGUGCGCCCCUGGUGACAGGCAGCCUGGAGGGGGCCAGUGUGCCCUUCAUCCUCAGCCCCUUGCUGCAGCCAGAAGGGCCCAGUCCCACCCAGAUGGGCAAGCCAGCCACCCCAGCCCUGACCGUGAACAUCGUGGGCACACUGCCUGUACUUUCCCCAGGUGUGGGGUCCACACUGGUCAGCACAGGCAGACUGAAGAACGCUGGCAAGUACCUGUGCCCGCACUGUGGCCGGGACUGCUUGAAGCCCAGUGUGCUGGAGAAACACAUCCGGUCCCACACGGGUGAGAGACCUUUCCCGUGCACCACCUGUGGCAUCGCCUUUAAGACCCAGAGCAACCUUUAUAAACACAGACGAACACAGACACAUCUCAACAACUCUCGACUGUCUUUAGAGUCUGAGGGGAGUGGGAGCAGCCUUCUGGGAGAUGGAGACAGGUCUGGAGAGACUGCCUCACUGGAUAGCAGGGGAGACGAAGGAGCACCAGAGAACGCUCUUUCACCUGGUGCCCACCCCACCCUCGCUACUAGGAACAGGGAAAUGGUGGUAGAAGCGAAUCCCUCUCUAGGGGCCACCCUUGCCCACAAAGAGGCUCCUGUGGACCAGACCCAGAUGGUAUCGCCCGAGUUUCCACUAGUCAGCCCGCAGCCUAGGCGGAAGUUGCCAGAAUCAAAGCCAUCCUCCCUGCAGAGACAGCAGGAGACGUGCGCAGAGAAGCCCUGGGACUCCAAGGCCAUGGAGGGCCAGCUGAGGAAGUGUGAGAGCACAGACUCGGGCUACCUGUCACGCUCAGACAGUGUGGAGCAGCCUCCCGUUGCCUCCAGCCCCUUGCACAGUCUGUCGGAGCACAGUGCAGAGUCUGAGGGGGAAGGAGGGCCUGGCUGUGGGUCCGCAGGCAACAGGGCGGAGCAGGGAACACCAGGAUCCAGCCUGGAGCUGGAGAAGAAGAGGCUGGAGGAACGCAUUGCCCAGCUCAUCUCCCACAACCAGGCAGUGGUAGACGACCCGCAGCUGGACCACGUGCGGCCCCGCAAGACUGUGCUAUCCAAGCAGGGUAGCAUUGAUCUGCCCAUGCCCUAUACCUACAAGGAUUCCUUCCACUUUGACAUCCGGGCACUGGAGCCAAACCGCAGGAGGGCUGCCCUCAGCCCAGCUCGCUCUACCUUCACACCCCUGGAGAAGGCCAGACCCCUCUUCUUCCACUCGGUUCCCACCCAGCUCUCCACCACUGUGGAGUGUGUCCCUGUCACCAGAAGCAACUCACUGCCUUUCAUUGAGGGUUCUAAGUUGUGGCCAGAGUCACGGGACACACAGGAUGCCUUCCCUAUGAUGCAGAAGUCCCUGAGCCCCAGGCUCACCCCAGCCCGGCUAGGGGACCGCCCAGGACUGACCUUGGCAGGCAUCCCCAGCGGUCACCCUCGGGCCCUGGUGAGGCAGGCUGCUGUGGAGGAUCUGCCCUGUACCCCUACUGGAGACCCCUCAGCUGUUGCCGAAGACCCAGCUGGAAAGAGAUCUGUGGUGAAGGAGGGGAUGGCGUGCCGGGGCAGGGCCAGUAGGAAGUAUGGCCAGAAGAAACGAAGGAUGUUCUCUCAGGAGAAAUGGCAGGUGUACGGGAAUGAGACGUUCAAGAGAAUAUACCAGAAAAUGAAGACCAGCCACCAGGGAGGACAGAAACACAGGGACAUGAAGCAGGGCCAGGGGUCGGAACUGGACCUGCCCUCCCAGGAAGAGGUAGCAGGGGCUGAGGGUGCAGGCCUGUCUCAGGACAAUAGAGUCCCUGUCCUUGGGGACACUACAGUAGGGGCAAAGCCAGGACCUUGGGGAGGUCGGCUGUCCCUGGAAGGCUCAUUAGAGACUGAGUUUCCUAAGCAACUGAAGGCAGUGGCCAGAGCCAAGUCAUCUCCCACCCUUGGCAGCACAGAGGCCCUUUGUCUGAACAGUAAGGGCCCUCUGCUCUCUCCCCAUGGGAAAUCAGACCUGGGAAGCCAGUUGCCUCCAGAGCCUGUGUGCCUCCAAGGAAGAGACUUAAAAGCCCCUGGGGUGGCUUUGCCAGAUCGCAGUGGGGAAGUUACAAAAGAAACCUGCCCUCCGGACCAAACUAUCCUCAGACAGCCCAGUGGGGGGUCUGUGGGUCUCCAACUUGUAGAAGAUAAGUUACCCUCAGAGAGAAAGAGACUGAAGGUGGAGGGGCUGGAUCACAAGGAGCAACCAGGGCCUCUGGAAGCUGAGCCCUCAAGUUGUUCCUUGCGGGCUGACUCCCAACCACCCCAGAAACAGGACAAAACCUCUGAGGAGGUCCUGAAUAGCUCAAAUGAGGGUAUCCAGCAUGUGACAAUGGCCCUGGAGUCUUCUAAUGCCUCCUCAGCUGUUGUUGCUGUUGCCCUGAGGCGGCCAGGGUUAGGGGGCAAAGAUCCCACAUUGACUUCUGUACCUAGGACUCCUGGGCUCUCCCUGCUGCCUGCUCAGCUCCAGGAUCCUGGUGUCCCUGCUGCUGUGUCAAGUGGCUCCUUUGCUCCCAAGUACCUGCUCAGGUUACCCCAGGGAGAGAAGCCCUCACCACAGGUUGCUCCCGGGCCUGGGAAAGGUCCAGACCCUCUGUGUACAACUGCACAGCCUGAAGAACAGGCCCUUCUUGUUGAGUCAGAAUUGGGAGUGAAUGGGCCACCUAGAGCAUCGUCAGGCCCAGCUGAGGCAGGUGGUAGCCCAGAGGACCCUAGCUGUUCCAGGUCAACGGAUGGAAGAAAAGACACACAGACAGGAAGAGAGAAAAGAGACAGGACCAAUAGCAACAUCCCCACAGCUGAACUCUCUUCUGACCCCAACACCGGCACCACCCAGGAGACAGCCUCUAUCCUGCCUGCUCACACAUGUGAUACUCAUGUGACCAAGGAUGUAGUGAAUGAGACCCAUGCCAUCUAUUGCCUUUGCAUAGACAGCCCACUAGCAAAAUCGAGAAUAUACGACAAUCUCUUGAACCCUUGGACAUCGUCCCAGAAACUGGGGUCACCUAAGAACGCCCUAGAAAGUCCUUCUUCAGAGACCAAGGAAAGGCUGCCUGCCUGCUUUCCCUCCCAAGCGCAUUGUUUCUUCACAUCUUUCACAAGGCCCCAGGGUUUAUCUCUGGGCCAGCAGAACCUGGCCUUGUCACACCACUUAGGGACCCCCAAAAGCUGUGAAGCCCCAUGCUCCUUCCCCUCACUUAAGGCGGAGCCCCAACUCACCUGGUGUUGCUUGAAUAGCAGCCUGCCCCGGCCUGCAGAGCAGCAGAGGGCAGCUCCCAGGGACUUGGCUUCACACUCAUCUGAUAGAAGCCUCCAGGGAAAGAGCAGCAAAGUGCUGCCUCCCAAGAGCAGGGGAGGAAGGACCAAGACAAACCAAGGAGGAGGAGGGACCAUGCAGGCACCUGAGCUUCCUUACCCAACAGUCUCAGGGACAAGGGCCCAGGACCAGGUAUCCAGUCCACAGUGGAAGAAAGGACUGUGCCAUAGGAGGGUGAAGAUAUCUCAUGAGAUCAGCAAGAAGAAGAAACUGAAGCUUCAUUCCAAGAGAUAUGAAGGAAGUUUCUGGCAGAGAACCAAACGACUGUGCAAGCCACCCUGGUUGCCAAGAAGAAGCUGUCUCCCCCACCGACCUGAGGGAUUGGAGCCACGAGGGACCCUUGGGAAGGCUUCAUCAGAAGCGGCAGGUCUGCAUCUGCAAGGAGAGCCAUCCUGUGCCAGUGUAAACCUGCCUGUUGGUCAUGGGAGCAAAGAGAAGGAAGGUGACUGCCAACAACCUUCAGAACCCGUCUCCCCUGACACAAAAACUAUCUUGGAAAGAGACAAUUUGACUCUAAAGGGUGUUUCUCCAUCUGCUGGUGAGCAUAAUGACUGUUCUCAGGAGAAGGAGCAUGCCAAUGGGUCAGGACAAUCUCUGCAAUCCAAUGUGUGCUUGACAAUCUUUCAGGAGGAUCCCCUGCCCCAGGGUAAGGGUUCUGAUGUGAGACCCCCAGGGACUCCGCUGCUGCCUUCCCAGGAUCAAGUCUCUGUAGUUGCCAGCCUGUGUAUCUCCCCAGAUGACUCAAAGCCGCCUCCAUCCCUUAGAUCGAAAGGAACAUUUCCCCACUGUGACAUUGCUACCUCUGUGGCAGCCAUCUGUGUUUCUGCGGGGACACGAACAGGACACAGAACACUGGAGGCCCACAGUGUGGAGUCCCAAAGCUCCCCAGAUAGAAGAGCCAUUCCAGAGAGCAUAGUGCAGGCACUCCUGCCUAGGAGACCCUCACCUAGCCCAAUAUCACCUGGAAGAACACAUUUAGAAAUGCUGCCAUCUGGUUCAAGUUCAACUAGUUCACACCAGGAGGAAGUGAGACCCCAGGCAGAUGUUCCUUCCUGGACCCAGUAUGGGCAUGGGGAAGUGAGCGUCCCAUGUGCAGCUUUAGGAGGUGAGAGUCGCACCUGUUGCACAGAAGGAUUCAUUACCCCCAGGAGUGUCAUGGCUCCUUCUGACCAAGGUCAGCCCUCAGAGGUCUCUGAAGCCCCCUUGAGGUCCAUCCGAAAAAGGAGUUUGGAAGGAAUGAGAAAACAGACUCGGGUGGAGUUGAGCGAUACCAGCAGUGAUGAUGAAGACAGACUGGUUAUAGAGGUAUGAUGUGCUUCAGGAGAAAGAUGGUGGCCAUGGCCAAGGACUGGGGAUCCUCGGAGAUAAUGUCACCACUCAUACAACAUCCAUAAGCUGUGAAAGCUGUGAGGUUCCUUCAAGCCAGCUCUAACCAACACCAUGCCCAGAUCCAGCCAUACCUUUCUCCAGCGCCUCUCAGACAGACUUUGGACUCUUCCACAUUGACCUGGAAGAGCCAAGAUGGCCAGACUGACCAUCUCAAGAAGCUCAGCAUACACAGCUGCUCCAGCCUGACACAGCCAUCUGCACCUGCUUCAUCCAGUCCAGUGGCACCAACUGGAAGAGCCGAAUGUGACAUUGUUCCUGACCAGGGAGACCCCACAGGGUCAAGCUCCUGAUAUCUCCAUCACUAAGUGAAGAGUGGCAAACAUACUUGGGGUCACUGGGGUGUCUUGAGGAAAAAGAAUGGGGUACGAACUGGGCACCAAGAUGGUUCUGUGAACUUUAGAGACUAAGUCUAGAUGCAUUCAAAACUGGUCAGGGGCAGCCAUGCCAGGGGACCGUGUAAAUACGUCAUAACGCCUAAGGCCCUUUAAGUGUUGCGCAAACGGUCAGUACCUGUCUCUGCGCCAGUAACACAAGCACGUAUGGCCCUUGUCCAUGUGCCUUUCCUGUGAGACCCCCCCCAGUGCCAAAAAAGUCUUGUGUUUUUGUUUUUUCUUUUUUUAGAUCUUGCAAAGGAACACUGCAUUAAGUCAGGAAAAUAGUCACCGCCAUGACUCAUUUUUUAAAAGGGGGAAAAUUCACUUAUUUUCCUCUGAUUAUUUUCGUCAUGUUGGGCUCUGAGCAAUUUCAAUUAGAGGGUUACAUUUUAGCAAUCUGUACAGAUUGAACUGAUGCCUGUUCCUCAUGACGGAGUCUUUUAGGCUUCCUCUAGAAGCUUCCAGGACAUAAAACUAAUUGGAGUUUUGAUACUGUUUUACAUCUUGGUAAUUUUAUUUUGGGGACUUGGUGUUAUUUUGCUGUCAAAUUAAAUCAGCCUUUGUGUUGGGCAUUUCAGAACAGCACGGAUCAAAUCCCCCAGUAUUCCAAACCGGUGUACCCCCCGCGCCAGCCAACCCUCUACGCAGGCCUCAGGUUCCCAGACUUCCUCUUCGUCCCCUUGAGUGCAAGGGAGAAACUUAAAGAAGUUUACAUUGCUCAUUCCUCUACAAUUUUCUACUUGCCUUGGUUGAUUUUGUACAAUUUGUGAUUUCUGGCCGAAUGUUUGGCUUUAACUCUAAGGUAACGAUGCUCACGUGACAUCUUGUGCUCCCAGGCAAGGCAGCCACGAGAAGCAUCUCACAGGCAUGAGCCUAGUUUCCUAAGUCCUUACCUGUGAGAAAGUUUGAUACACUUUUGAGUGUUUUUCAUGCCAUCUUUCCAGUUUCUCAGUUAUUCACUGAGAACUUCAAUGCUAUAGCAAAAGUAACUUCCUCUUAUUAGGUCCUUCUGUCUAUGGCCAUCACAUACAUGUUCAGUUAGCUCACUGAUCGCAAACCCAGCCCACAGGAGUUGAAAAGAACUAGCCGUGACCUCUGUGUGCUUCUUAAAGCAAAUGAUAAUGACGCAGUGAUCUCUGCCCUGGCCUGUGCCGGAGACAGGCAGCUGAGGGAGAGCUCUAGGAGGGACAUAGUCCCGACCCAGUCUUUGGCGGCGAGACCUUGGGGAUGGCUGUCUCUGUGCCUCACAACGAGACCUGGUCAGAGGAGCUCCCUUGUGUCUACAGGGCGGAAUCCUUGUGGGAGCAGCUGUGUCUUCAUAGUCUGGAAAUGUCCCCUUGGAAGCCAUUGCUCCAGAGUUGUCAUUUUGGGGCACUGAUUCACAGAUAUUGUUAGGUUACUACUGCUAUGUAGUAUGUUAAACUGAGGGAAGGGUCAUCUAAUUCCUCCUCCACUGGAAUUCCUGAUUUAGGGGAGCAUGAGACUCUUCAUCUCAAGGUCAUGGGUUCAGGCCCCACAUUGGGCACCAUUUUACAUGCAGAGGCUGCAUUUAGUUUCCUGGCUGUCCAGACCCAAAUAAUCACACAGAAACUAUAUUAAUUACAACAUUGUUUGAUCUAUUAGGUCAAGUUUCUUAUUAACUAACUCUUACAUCUUAAAUUAAUCCAUUUCUACUAAUCUGUGUGCUGGUACAAGGCUAUGGCUUACUAGUAAAGGUCUGGUGUCUGUCACCUUUGGCAGCUCCAUGGCGUUUCCCUGACUCCACCUACUCUCUCCCUAUCUCUUCCAGUCUGGAUAUAUUCUGCCCUGCCAUAGGUCAAAACAGUUUUGUUCAUUAGCCAAUAAAAGCAACACAUAUACAGAAUGACAUUCCACAUCAUUGGAGUAUAAUUACCUACCUUAUAAAUCAGAAUUUAUGAAACAAUGAAGAUAAAACUGAGUGGAAGAGAACAUGUAUGUAUGUGGAACAUGUAUGUAGGUGGAACUGGCUCCUUUGCCUCAGAAGGUGCAGGUCAAGGGAAGAAAAAUUACCUUUUAGAUCAGUGGGUCUCAACCUGGGGGGUUAAGACCCCACUGGGGAGGCCAAAUGACCCCUUCACAGUGUCACCUAAGACCAUCAGAAAACACAGAUUUUACAUCAUGAUUCAUAACAGUAACAAAAUUACAGUUAUGGGUUAGUCACGAAAAUGAUUUUAUGGUCGGGGCUUACCAUAAACGUGACGGACUGUAUUAAAGGUCACACUGUCAGGAAGGUUGAGAACCGCUGUUCUAGACCCUGAUUUCCAGGUGACUGCUCAGAUCUAAGAGUGUCACCAGGCCCAUCUCAUAGGAAUAGCCCUAAAAAGCACACGAUGCCACAUGUCACAGUGGGAGCACUGUCUCUUGCGGGUCACUAUAGGCAGCUGCCACCCCCUAGCCUAUAUCCAACGUUACAAAGUAUUGACUCCAUCUCUUUAAAGCCCUGUGUCUAUGGCAGAGGCAGGCAGCUUGCCAGGCCCCCUGCUCCACCUGGUCAUUUGGUGAGUGCCAGUCCUGCCAGGAGUCCUUUACUUUAAACCAACGUGAAUUUGUGAACCUUGUAUUUCGAUGGAUUUUUUUUUUAUCAGACAUUUGUUUUGAAGGACCUUGGGAGGAGCUAGCUGCUGAAAAAUAUCCUCAAGUAAGAUAUUGUUUGGUUUGGUUUUAAUGGGGAGUCCUUUAUAUAAUAUAAAUUAUAUAUAUAUAUAUAUAUAUAUAUACAAUAUGUAAUAUAACACAUGGUCCCUCGUUUUUUAUAAAUCUAACUUUCUUAAGGCAAAGUACAAUGAUAAGAAAAUUAUAAGAAAACAUUUACCUAUAGAACCCAAAACUCAGCUUGAGUUAUUAAACUUCUAGUAUUUCCAGUUGGUCCUUGCUGCCGUUUGACAAUAUCCCAAGUACAUAUCACAUGGCGGUUCAGGCAAAGCACAUCUAUUUCCAGUGCUGAGGAUGCAGCUCGGUGGUAGAGUGCUUGCCUGGCAAGCAUGAAGCCCUGGGUUCAGUGCCCACCUCCACACAUAAAAACUGCUUCACAGCAAGGUCAGUGCAUUCUUUGCCUGCACCGCUACUCCUGUGGACCCUCAUGGAGGAGGCUGAAGCAACGGGUGCUUCAGCUUCCUGCACAAAUAUCCUCUCCAGGGUUACCUGCGUGGACUGUGAGAAAGAGGGCUUCAGGUUCUUUGCCAGGCAAGUGUCAUUGCUCAUGGUGCCUGCCACUGGUCACUGACUGUCUCCCUUAACUUCUGUGCCUGGCCACACUAUGAGGUGCAUGGAAGGACAAGGCAUCUCUCUCCACUUGGCCAACUCUUAAAGAUUUGUGAGUUUUGGUGGCCAGACUCAUCCUCCUUGUUGUAAGGUGCCGUAGGAAUCGUUCUUCCCUCCUGUUAAGUCUAAACUUGGCAUUUUAGAGGAAGCAAAGGCCUAAGACCCAAGGCUUACACCUCACAGUAACCAGGACAGUCUGUGGUGUUGGGAGAGGGAGAGAAACAGAGAGAGGGAGGGGAGGGGGAUGGAGGGAAAGAAACAGA